AUGCGACAGGAACCUUACCAUGAUCCAUACAACACAUACUACGAGGAUGGCUACCACGACGCUAAUCCAUGGCUUCAAGACAAACGGAACGAAGAAUUCAGCUUGAGCGGCACCUUCCCCCACAAAGUCCGCUUCCAGAAGCCAGCGAAAUGCCAGGAUCGAAAGCCAGAGGGAACUUGGUACGGUAAGGACAUCGAGAAGGGCGAGAACGAAGCCGCGCCGCAAGUUCCAGCUGCGGAGGAUCAACACGAUGAAUUGCAACGACAACGCACCGCUGCUACUCAGCAAACGCAUCGGACUCAACGGGAUGACUCGGAUGCAACGGUAGCCGUCGAUGAGCAAGACUUCGACACUUCCCCUAAGACACCUCCUCCAUCAGGUGCCUCAACACUCGCGAGAAGACGACUCGACGGCUUCGCACCGAACAAUCAGCCCAUAGGCGACUUGGCGGACGACUUCUUCGAGGAGCCAGAUCCCAACAAGCGGCCUUACAAUGCAUGGGCACGGAUCCGAAUGAAGUACCGUCGUGUCUUUGCUGAGUGGCUGGGGACGACCAUCAUGGUGUUUAUUGGUGUGAGCACGGAGUUGACCUACAUCACGUCUGGACAGCAGAAUGCGAGUAUUCAGAGUGUGUACUGGGCGUGGGGGUUUGGAGCUAUGAUCGGGAUCUAUGUUAGUGGUGGUGGGUCUGGAGGUUUUCUGAACCCAGCUCUGGUUAUUAUGCUAUCCGCUUUCCGAGGAUUCCCGGCCAAACGGAUACCCGUGUACAUUCUCGCUGAAGUCGUGGGCGCCUUCACUGGAGCUCUGCUGGCGUUGGCCAUCUAUCGCGAUAACAUUCUCCACCUUGGCCAGGGACUUUCACCAGAAGCAACGGGCAUAUAUAUGUACACCCAGCCACAACCUUGGAUCUCAGCUGCCAGUGCUUUCUUCACAGAGUUCCUUAUCACGGCAGUACUGGGCUGCACGAUUAUGGCCUUGGGAGACUCGGGUAAUGCUCCUCCUGGCGCCGGCAUGCACGCCUUCAUCAUCGGACUGGUCAUCACAACCUGCACUAUGGUCGGAAGCUGGAGCACAAAAGCUUGUAUGAAUCCUGCUCGAGACUUCGGUCCAAGACUCGUCGCUGUCGCGGUCGGAUACCCAAGAUCAUUAUUCACGGCAAGCAACAAUUGGUGGAUUUGGGGGCCGUGGUGCGCCACGAUUUGUGGUGCAAUGGCUGGUGGGCUAGUCUAUGAUCUUUGUGUGUUCAGAGGUAGUGAGUCGCCUGUCAAUUAUUCGGGGUUGAGAAUGAAGGUGGAGGGUCUGAAGGAAGGGGAUAGAUGGAUGAGGCGGUUGCGUAAGGAUAAGAGAGCGGAGAGGAUAGAGAGGAAAAUUGAGGAGGGGUUGGCCCAGUCGCAGAAUGAGGAUGGUGUGUCGAGAUAG